CAAAUUCGCUUCGUCCUCUGUCCAGUGUCCUCCGACUCUCGCUCGUACGCGAUGGAGACUUUCACUGCCCUCGUAUCCUGGCCCUCUGCGCCGUUGACAAACAGGCUCGUGCGGAGGGCACUGUCGACUCUGGACCAACCUCCCGCCAUCGUUGAGUGUCUAUCCGAGCAGCUCGCGUCUUCGCCGGGGAACCUACUUCAGUGGUCGACAUACGAUGCUAUCAGCCACGACCUGUCCCAUCUUUCGCCCUCAGGAUCGAAAGUUCUCUCCUCAUCGUACAUUAUCCGCAAAGCCCUGAUUCGCAAGCACUACCUCUCUCGGUGCAUCCGUAAUUAUGUAACGAAGCACACCGACUCUCCGCUGCAGCACGCCGUACCAAAGACGUGGGAUAUAGACCUUAGCUUCGCCGACGAGCUGGACGAGAUGUGGAGCGACGACUUGUACGACCUCGGUAUCGAACUCCAAAACGAGGACACGAAGAAAUGGUGGAUUCUGAAGCCCGGCAUGGCGGACCGUGGCAUGGGCAUUAGGCUGUUCCACACCAAGGACGAAUUGACACAGAUAUUCGAGGCGUUUGAGCCGGAGUCGGACGAAGACGAUGAGGAAGGGGAUGAUAUCGCAGAUGCAGGCUCCACAAAGCCAGACACCGCGGUUUCAGCCUCUCAGUUGCGGCACUUUGUUAUACAAGAAUAUCUUUCGAAACCCUUGCUCAUGGACCCUGUGGAGGUACCAAUGGAUGACAACCCCAAGCCUCAGCCUCAGGAUCUACAUGGGCACAAAUUCCACCUUCGCGUCUACUGUGUUGCAUCCGGGGCCCUAACGGUCUACAUGUAUACCCGCAUGCUCGCACUCUUCUCGGCUGUGCCUUAUACUGCCCCGGGGUCCGCAUCGGAGAAGUCGACGGCGGACUACGUGAAUGAGGAUCUUGCGGCGCACCUCACGAACACUUCUUUGCAGACGGACCGUGGAGAGGCCGGUGUGAGGUUACUUGACGAGCUCAUCGGGUGUCACGUCCUCUCUUCCCCGGUGGCGACGGCUCAGCCAGCACAAGCUCGACCGCGACAGCCCAGGCCUCCACGAGCAAUGGGAGAGAUGAUGGGCGCUGAAGAGCUGCGAGCAGCAAGCAAGGCCCAGCAGAUGCCUCCGGCACCACAGUUCGAACAGUUGUCGGCUGCAGAUGUGGAGGAUAUCGAGUCACAGAUUGCAGAGGUCCUGGGCGAGACCUUCAAGGCAGCACUUAGCAUGAGUGUUCACUUCCAGGCUCUCCCCAAUGCCUUCGAGCUCUUCGGCGUUGACUUUCUCGUUACGCACGCCGAUUCACCCACCGCCAAGCGGAAGUUCCAAGUGUACCUGCUCGAGGUCAACUCCGAACCUGCGAUUGAGUUGACAGGUCCGCGAUUGACAUGGAUCCUGGAGGACCUCUUCGAGGCCAUUGGAAAGGUUUGUGUUGGGCCGAGUUUUGGCGGCACUGGCGGAGAGGCGGAGUGGGAGGUAGGCGAGACGAGGGAGGCAUUGAGAAAGUGCUUGGAUGUCGAGGUGCGGGGACCGCGAGGAUGGUAACGAUGCUCGGUACAGUAGCAAAAGCUUGUACAAUCCCAUCUCAUCUUGCGCACCCUAUGAAAUAAUGCGUCGACUCAAUGUAGCGCUCCUCAGCCUAAA